GAAACGGCAAAGUGAAGUGUCCGCGAAAUGUUGAGCUAUUUGCCGGUAGUGUGGCUUCUGCUAGCCCUGUGCCCCCACCCAUCCCUCAGUCAGAUUAUACCACUGCCCACCUUUUGUUUGGGCCAUAGCCCACUGUGCAACUGUGCCGCCGAGGCGAAUGUGGUGCGGUUCCACUGCCCCGAUGAGUACGCCAUGCUGCUGGAGGUCUCCGAACCGGGGGCAUCUUUAUACAUGAGCUACUAUGCCACCAGCGAGUUGCACUGGCUGCCGCGCUUUAAUAUGAGCGAUCUGGUGAAGAUCGAGUUCGAUGCGUAUAGCUUCUGGCCCGAAUCCUUUCUGGGCGAUCUCCUCAAGACCAUAGGAGUGGAAAAAGUUAAAGCCAUAGUCUUUCGAGAUCGCACAGCGGAAACUGUAGUUACAAGGGAUGUUCUCAACACAGCCGAUGGAUUUAUAGAGUCCGGAAAUCAACAGGGAAACAUCACAUCCUGGCAUUUUGGAGCCGUUCCGGGCCUAAAGAAGUUCAAAUUCUACAGCAAUGUGGCAGAGCUGCAAGAGUCAAUAUUCCAUGGUUUCGACAGUUUGAAGGAUCUGCUGCUCAAUGUGAAUGUGACCACGCUGCCAGGCAAUAUGCUGUCCACCGUAAAUGGAACUUUAAAAACCCUAACCAUUGAAAGUCCAGGGAUGGUAUCCUUUGGAAAUCCACUGCUCCGUGAGCUCCAGCAGCUGAGGAACCUCAGUCUCGUCCUCGUGGAUCCCUUUCGUGUGCGCGAUAAGCAGUUGCAACCGCAUUUCUUCGGGGCCAUGAACAACCUGGUGGAGGUGCGAUUGGCCUCCUAUACGAGCAGUGUAAAUCGCAGCAUGUUCAAGGGCACCAACAAGUUGCAGCUGAUCAAGAUGAAUGGUAAUGAUGAUCUCACGGAGCUGCCUGGGGAGAUAUUCCUGGAUCAGGGCAAUCUGUUGACCCUGGAUCUCUCCUGCAAUCAGAUCGCUACACUUCAUGACGAUGUCUUCCAGGGACUAAGCAAUCUAACCCUUCUGGAUCUGUCCAAAAAUAGACUGACUGACUUAUCGAGCACAGUCUUCGCCCCGCUCUCCUCGCUGACCGUUUUGCGUCUGAACAAGAACUCCUUGACCGCAAUGUCGCCGGCUGUGUUCCAGGAUGUGUCCAGUUUGAACUACAUCGAGAUGGUGAAUACCCAGUUCUACGGGGCCACGCUCCUGAUGAGCUACGAGGCGGUGGUUUGCACCAACGACGAGACCUGUCAGUACAAAUCGGCGGAGUGGCAGUGCGAUUAUCGCUGCAUCUGCUGGGUUCAGCGGGGAAUUGGCAGUCUAAUAGUGGAUUGUCGAGGAACCAAUUUGGGUGAACUACCCGACUUACCGCACACCACACUGGUGAGCACGGUGCUUAAGGUGGGCAAUAAUAGCCUCACAUCGCUACCCAUUGCCGGCGAGCAUCGGGGUUAUGCCAAUGUGAGUGGACUCUUCCUGGCGGAUAAUAACCUCACCACCCUGGGAUCGGGUGACCAGCUGCCCCAGAAUCUGAUCCACCUGGAUGUGCGAAGCAAUCAGAUUCAGACCCUAAGCGAGGAGUUCGUGGAGUUCCUGCAGCAGGAGAAUAAUACAAUAACCCUAUCCCUAUCGGGAAAUCCCAUCUCCUGCGAUUGUGAUGCUCUAUCCCUUCUGUUUUUCGUACGAUCGAAUCCCCAGCGGGUUCAGGAUAUCGGCGAUGUAAUGUGCACCAAGCAGAAAAAGUCCCUGCAGCAGAUGGAGGCCUUCGAGCUGUGUCCUUCGUAUGUCCUGCUCAUCAGCUGCGUGGUCGGUGGCCUGGUGAUUGUCAUCUGCCUGCUCACCGUCUUCUACCUGAUGUUCCAGCAGGAGCUAAAGAUCUGGCUGUACAACAACAACCUCUGCCUGUGGUGGGUCUCCGAGGAGGAGUUGGACAAGGACAAGACCUACGAUGCCUUUAUCUCGUACUCGCACAAGGACGAGGAGCUGAUCAGCAAGUUGUUGCCAAAGUUGGAGAGUGGUCCGCAUCCCUUUCGGAUUUGCUUGCACGAUCGCGAUUGGCUGGUGGGCGACUGCAUUCCGGAGCAGAUAGUCCGCACCGUCGAUGAUUCCAAGAGGGUAAUCAUUGUGCUCUCACAGCACUUCAUUGAUUCGGUCUGGGCCCGCAUGGAGUUUAGGAUCGCCUAUCAGGCGACCUUGCAGGAUAAGCGCAAGAGGAUAAUAAUCAUCCUGUACCGGGAACUGGAGCACAUGAAUGGCAUCGAUAGUGAGUUAAGGGCCUACCUCAAGCUGAACACCUACCUCAAGUGGGGCGAUCCGCUCUUCUGGAGCAAACUGUGCUAUGCGAUGCCGCACAAUCGGAGGGUUCUGAAGGGCCAGAAGAAGCAUGCGGGUCCCCUCAUCUGAGGCUUCUGUAAAAUAUAGGUAUUCGGAAAUAUACUCACUCGCUUGGGGCCUUAAAACUUAACUGGAGUUUAGUUUAAAAUUCUAUAUUUAUUCAUUUAGAUUGUAGUUCUUAUUUUUAAAUAUUUAUGUAAGAAACAUGAUAUUUGCACCUAAAAUUUAAGUAAUUUAA